GCUUGUCAGACUACAAAAGCAAGUGUAUUUUAUCAAAUAAUGUUAAACACAAAACAGAACAUAACACAACACGAGAAUGAUCCACGAAUAACAGGAACCAGGCAGAGAGCAACUUGUUUUUUAGCAUUAAAACUUAACGGUGUUUACAGAAAACAUUAGAUAAACACAACAAGCAGAAUUAGAAAUUAAAUAUAUAAAAGUAGCUACAGUACAGGAUACAAAAACUAUGAAUAUUAAAAGAAACAAAGGAACAAAAAGCAACAAAUGAAUCAAAAUGUUUUAAACCUUGUGAUAAAAUAGAGCUGCACCGAUAGGUUUCAACUCCUAAUAUCUGUCAAUAAAAAUACAUAACACCCUAAAUACUUUAUGUGCAAAUGUUGGGCUAAAAAUGUGUCUUAAUCUAGUUUAUACAAAUAGUACUAAUUCUCCAAAAAAAAUACUUUGUCAAAAUACUUUACAUUCCAUUCAUACUGACAGAAUAAUAGUCAGCUACAUACAAAGAAUUUCAAACUUCAUAAAACUUGAGCCUAAAACAAUUUCAAUAUCAACAAGAAAUCUAAUUUAUAUUUUAAUAAUCAGUUCAUUUUAGCUGUUAAACUUACCCAGAAAUACAAACAGUUUCAUUUGGAACAAUUACAUUACUCUUGACAUUUUGCAGUACAGUUCAACAGGAUUUUUGUUGACCCAGCUUUCUCCUCAGCCAAAGGAUUUUAGUUUGCCCUUAGGAAUGAGGAAGUUCAGACCUGCAGGAACCGGAGUCCGUCUGGUGAAAUCACGUUUUCACUGCAUGUUUAGAGCAAAGCAAGUGAGAGUCACGAUGGGAAGCCAGCGGAGAUCAAACAAUCUGUGCUUCGUACUUCUCCUACUUUUCUUUGGAGCACGUUUCGUCUGUGCUGCAGUUUUUUCAGAUGAAGAUUUUUACCAAGUCAAAGCAUGUUGUUCAUUCAGUGGUCCAAACUUUGACAAGAAUGAAUACAUACUUACAGCCAGUUUUAACAAGCAAAAGAUGAUGGAGUACAACAGUACAAGAGGAAACUGGAUUGGAUUCACAGAUUAUUCAAUUGCGGCUUCACAUUACUGGAACAUAGACCCUUAUGAUAAGAUUGAAAGAUUUGUGGAAUUGACAAUGAUGUGUUAUGAGAACAUCAAAUUUAUUCAAACCAUCGGAAACCUGUCAACAACGCCCACCAUGAGGAUAAAAUCAGUGAAACAGCCUGAUGGUCGACAUCCAGCUGUGCUUGUGUGCAGUGCCUAUAACUUUUACCCAAAGCAAAUCCAAAUAUCCUGGCUGCGAAAUGACCAAGAAGUGACUGAAGGGGUCAGUAACAUCGAUGUCAUCCCAGAUGGAGAAUUGUACUACCAGUUUCAUUCUUACCUUGAGUACACACCAACUUCAGGAGAAAGAAUCAGCUGCAUGGUUGAACACGUCACCCUGUGGGAGCCAAGAAUCAUUGUUUGGAACAACUCCCUUCCUGAAGGAGAAAAAACUAAGAUUGUUGUUGGACUGUGCGGACUGAUAAUUGGUUUGGUUAUCUUUAUCUCUGGAUUUAUUUACCACAAGAAAAAGCAUGCUAUAUAUAACUCUGUCCACCAAGGUGAGGAAAUGUAAAAAUGUCAGAAAAUAUAAACUUCAUAAAAACCUAAAAUGGUACGGUACUUCUUCCUUUAACAGAAUGAGUUCUGGUUCCUGUGGAGGUCAUUCCUGGAUUGCCUGUUAGUAGAACUAACAAAAACAAAUUAAAAACAGCCUCAGGUCCUCCAAGAUGCUCUACUUGUAGAACCUGAGAAUGUAUCUAAGCCUUUGUAGUUCAAUUUUAAUUCUAGGGAAUAGUGUGCAAUUUUUUCAUUUCUUAUAGUCACUGGCAGACAUUUGUCAUUUGUGUGGUGCUUUUUUGACUUUUUUAUAGCUGGACAUGAUUAAGAUAUAUUUUGUUUUUUGUUUUUUUUCUGGAUGACUUAUUGAACGGCACUGUAGCACAAUUUGCACCACUAUUGCCUUGCAGGAAAAAGGUGCUUGAUUCAAUUCCUGCAUGAAGUUUACUGGUUCUCACUUUCAUGCUCCAGCUUUCUCUUUCACUCCAAAAACUGUGGAAGAUUAUUUGCUCUCUAAAUUGUCCAUAGGUAUGACAAUUCACCCAGCAACCAAUGGUCAUAGUCACCCCAUAGCUGGAGACCUACAUGGAUAAAAUGGAUGGAUGGAAACAUCUAGUAUAGUAAUCAGUACAUCACCACUGUUACAAAAGCUGUGCUUCUAAAAACUGCUUUCAAGCCAACAAUGUAAAAAAUGUGAAGAAAUUGUUCACUUGUUUAUUCUCAUAAUAAAUUAUUGUGCAGAAAAGACUGUAUGACCAACACUAUAAACAACACUGUGAUGCUUUGAUGAUCUGAGAUAUUGAGACAAGCACGACUCAGAAAACAAAAUUCCAGACAAAUCUAUUUUAAACAAAUCAUUAAAUAUGAUCUACAAAUCAGGAAUGAUUUAAAUACAUACAGUGGCUUAAAUAAAGUAUAAUACACUAUAGUCAAGAAAAACUUUGUAUAAGCUUGUCAGACUACAAAAGCAAGUGUAUUUUAUCAAAUCAUGUUGACCUUAUAGAAUAAUCAGACGAGGUAAGACCAGGUUUUGGGGGGUUAUUUAUCACUGCAUCGGAUCAGAACCACACAGGGAGACCAACUCCAGAAUAAAUCAAUAGGUUUGACUGACCUAGUUUGGGUUAGGUUUGCUGUAUCAGAAAUUUUUCAUGUAAUGUUGGGUUAUAGGAUGACCAAAAGACAAGACAUGGCAGUUCUAUAACAAAGUGGAUUAAUUAAAGCUGCAGUAUGUAUUUUUUACAAAAAAAUACAUAUAUAUUUUUUUGCAUAUUGUUAAAACUGUG